CGAUCGCUGCAUAGUACCACACACAAUUAACCAGCGUCGUUGCUCAUCAGCCGGUUGUUCGCAUGGGGGCUUUUCUGUCAGUAUACGGCCAUGGCCACCCCUCCCACCCCGAGCACUGCGCACGCUUUAAUCGCGUCGACCGCAACAAAUCCCCGCCGUCGCCGUGCAGGAUGUGCAAGCUGAACGUGGAGACCGGCGCGGCGGCCUAUCGCUGCUCGGAUCCCGACGGAUGCGCCGUCGUCCUCCACGAAGCCUGCUACCGACGCCCAUGGACGCUCAAGCGUCACUUCGGGCACCCGCAGCACCGCCUCACCCUGGGCGCCGACACCCGCGCCGGCCUCUCGUGCAGCCUCUGCGCGCAGCCGCUCGGCACGCCAACCGUCGCCUACAGCUGCGCUGACAGCAAGUGCGCCGGUUUCAGCGCUCACCCGCGCUGCUGCAACAACCUCCCGAGGAGCAUCACCACGCCGCCGGACCUGCACGAGCACACCAAGCUUGUCCUGCGCCGUCCGUCGUCGGCGCCGGGAGGGAAGAAUGGCGGCAACAGCAGCGAGGCGCGGCCGCGGCGAACAUGUCUCAAGUGCGGGAAGACGGCCACGACCGCGGGGCGGAAGGCCGCACCGUGGUCGUACCAGUGCACCAAGUGCGCCGGCGUGGAGUACUGUCUCGCGUGCGUGCUCGGCAACGGCGAUGACACCGUGAGGUGCUGCUGCUGCUUGCCGUGCUGCGACGUCGACCCUGCAGCCGUGCACUGUGUUGGGCAUUUGGCCGGGGCGCUCUUCUGUGGGUUCUUGUCUGGAAUGGGAUGCCCGGGCAUCCCAGCUCAGCCGUACACCCGCGACAUGGAACCUACUCCCAAAUACCGAACGUGAUACUUGGUUUGCAUGAUAAGUCAUGGCAGAAAGUACUGUUAGCUGAUUUUUUGUAAAAAAAAAAUAUUACUGAAUGGCUGUUAGAUUCGAUUGAAAAGCUCAAACGAACAAGUGUGAUUACAAAAUAAAUGUUUUUCCCAUCAGAAAAUUAUAUAUAAUUGUAUAUAUAC